AUGUCCAAGCUAUCGCGGCUCCAUCAGCUGCUGAUAGUCAAGCGGACCGAACGAGAUGGCAUCACUCGUCCAGUUGACAUGUUAGACAAUGACUCCAUCCGCCCGACACCAGUACAAGACCGAAAAUGGAACCAACUCACCUAUAUCAUGUUCUGGUUCUCGGCCACGGCCAAUGUCAGCAAUCUCUACACAGCAUCCACGGGAAUGGCAAUGGGAUUGACCAUGUGGGAAGCAAUUGCAUGUUCAUUUAGUGGACAGAUUCUUGCCGGCUCAUUAAUGGCUCUCAAUGGUCGUGCUGGUGCCAUGUACCGCAUUCCAUUCCCGGUCCUGUGUCGGUCUAGCUUCGGGCAUUGGGGAGCACUGUGGCCGACUUUUAAUCGUGCGGCUAUGUCGGUUGUGUGGAAUGGUGUGAAUACCGUUCAGGGUGCGCAGUGUUUAUAUGUCUUCCUCCAUGCCAUAUUCCCAAGUAUCGAGAAUAUUCCGGAUAAAAUGGGGUCUAAAUCCGCCCUGACUUCAGCACAAAUGAUGUGUUUCUUCGUCUACUGGAUAAUCAACUGUGCAUUCCUGGUGGUACCCGUACCAAAAAUGAGAGCCCUAGUCUAUAUCAAAGUCGUCAUCUACUUUGCCGCGGCCUUCGCCAUGGUAGGAUGGACCGUAUCUCUCGCGGGCGGUUCACUAAAAACCCUCAACAACCCCUCCGAAGUCCAAGGCACAGAAAAAAGCUAUCUAAUCUUCAAAUUCGUCUUCCUGGGCCUCGCAAGCUGUGGAACAUUCAUCUCCAACGCCUCCGAUCUCCAACGAUACGCCACAAAGCCGAACGACGUGCUCAUCGGCCAAAUCGUCAGCUUCCCCCUCUCUAACCUCCUAAUUGCCGUUCUGGGUAAUCUCAUCGCAUCCGCCAGCAAAGCUAUCUUCGGAGAGCUCAUCUGGAGCCCCUUGGUCUUCCUGGACAAAUUAAUGGAAGGCGAACGAUACACCUCCGGCAACAGAUGUGCCUGCGCAUUCAUCGCACUAGCAUUCGUCUAUUCGACCGUCUUCUCGGCCAUCUUCGAGAACUCCAUUCCUGCGGGCAACGACAUCGCAGCCCUUCUACCAAAAUACAUCACCAUCAAACGCGGUUUCUUCAUCUGCGCUGUCCUCUCCUACGCAAUCUGCCCCUGGUACCUCCUCUCAACAGCCUCAAUCUUCAUCACCUUCCUCUCCUCCUACCAAAUCUUCCUCUCCGCAAUAGCCGGCAUUCUAAUCUGCGACUACUACCUCAUCCGACGCGGUCUCCUCAACAUCCCAUCCCUCUACGUGUGCCGUCCAAGCCCCUACCGAUACUACCACGGCUUCAACCCACGCGCCUUCCUAGCAUACAUCGUAGCGGUUGCGCCGAACUUCUACGGCUUUCUUUUCCAAAUGGGUGUGAAGGCGCCGCUGGGAAUACAGCGGUUCUAUUAUGUGGCUUAUCCGACUGGAUUGUUUAUUGGGUUUGGGGCUUAUUGGUUGACUUGUUUGGCUUCGCCGCCGGAGGGGAUGAAGGAGGUUUCGGGGUGGAUGGAGCCGAAGGAUUUUGUGGAGGAUCAUGAUGGGUCUAGCUCUGGGUAUACUAUUCAUGCUGUUGAAGUGGAGAAGGGGGCUGUUGAGGUUAGUAAGGAGGCGUAUGAUAAGGGGUCGUUUUAG